AUCCAAAGAACCCGCAAGAUAACACUUGCCAGGAAACGUGGACCUCGCUCUAUAUCUAGCUGGAGCAUGGACGCCUGGAAGCCAUAAAUAGCAGACGCGGAGGAAAGGGUGAUUGAUCAACACGCAGAUCAAAGCUAGAGAUAGUGAUAGAGAUAUAGAGAGGGAGUGAUCGGAGAGGAUGCCAGGAGGAGAGCAUGGAGGUAGUAAUGGCCUGCAAGAGCACGCCGGAGCUCUGGAGGAAGGCAGAGGAGGAGGAGGGAAUGAAGCAGAGGAUCCGGAGAAAUCUCCCAACAGCAGCGGCAAGCACCCCAUGCUCUCUGUCCAGUUCGUCCAGAAGAUCCUGGCGGAGAUCUUCGGGACAUACUUCCUGAUCUUCGCGGGGUGCGCGGCGGUGGCCGUGAACCAGAGAACCGCCGGCACGGUGACGUUCCCGGGCAUCUGCAUCACGUGGGGGCUGGCCGUGAUGGUCAUGGUGUACUCCGUGGGGCACAUCUCCGGCGCGCACUUCAACCCGGCCGUCACCUUUGCCUUCGCCACCUGCGGCCGGUUCCCCUGGAAGCAGGUCCCGGCCUACGCGGCGGCGCAGCUCAUCGGGUCCACGGCGGCCGGGCUCACGCUGCGGCUGCUGUUCGGGAGAGAGCACUUCGUCGGGACCGUCCCGGCCGGGUCCGACGUGCAGUCGCUCGUGCUCGAGUUCAUCAUCACCUUCUACCUCAUGUUCGUCGUCUCCGGGGUCGCCACCGACAACAGGGCUAUUGGUGAGCUCGCCGGUCUGGCCGUUGGAGCUACCGUGCUACUAAACGUGCUCUUUGCCGGGCCUAUAUCAGGAGCGUCCAUGAACCCGGCGAGGACGCUCGGCCCGGCGAUGGUCGCCGGCCGCUACAAAGGCAUCUGGGUCUACAUCGUCGGCCCGGUUGGCGGGGCCGUGGCCGGCGCCUGGGCCUACAAUCUCAUCCGGUUCACUAACAAGCCGCUGCGAGAGAUCACCAGGACCGGCUCCUUCCUGCGAAGUGCAAGGAUGGGCUAAGCGCAAAAAGAACUGAUUUACAAUGUUGUUGCUUGUAGUUAUAGUGAUGUCGAUUGGAAUGUUGUAGCGAAACUGUGAUUGCGUUGUGAAGUUCUUCUCUGUUUUAUUUUGGUCAUUUCUCUACAUCCUUGCUGGCCUGGAUUGUUAGCUUAACCUUUGCAGGAUUGGGUCACCUAACUGUCCUGAUUUACUUCCAGAACGCAGUGACCAUGCUCUGUAAUUCGGGUGUCUGGUGAUGUCAGUUCCUGACUCUUUGUUCUUGUCGUUUGUCUUUAAAGUUGGCUUUUGGUUGUUGCGACGAAA